AUGAGUUGUUCAUCCACACCCAAUGAGCCAGAGAGCUGCAGCAGUGAGGGGAGCAGCUGCACCACCUCCUCCAUCACUACCUCUGACCCGUCCUCUAUAUCUGGACAGACUAACUCCUCGCUGCCCUCCCUGACCGAUGCCUCCAGCAGCACCCAACACGAGGCUCCACCGCCCCCUCCCCUCCCUCCCCCUCCCCCUCCACCUCCAUCAACCACUUCCACCAGCCAUAAUGUGAGGAAAAAGCGCCGCGUGCGGAGUUUCUUCUGGAAGCCGAUCCCGGAGGAGAAGGUACAAGGGAAGGCCAACAUCUGGACAAUGGCGGUGCGCCAGCAGCAGUACCAGAUCGACGUUCGCUCUGUGGAGGAGCUUUUCGGGCAACAGGAGGAGUCCGUGACGGGCGUACGUGGGUCAACUUCAACAACUGGAACCUCAGCUCGAGUUUCAAGGUCUCGCUCGUUUAAGGAGGGCAGGAAGGAUGAGAUCAGCAUCCUUGACUCCAAAAGGGGCAUGAAUGUGGGCAUUUUCCUCAAGCAGUUUAAAAAGUCAAACCGCGCCAUUGUUGAAGACAUACGGCGAGGAGAGGGAAAGUUUUAUGGUGCAGAGCUGCUCAAAGACCUGCUGAAGCUCCUGCCUGACACAGAGGAGAUCAAGAAACUACAGGCAUUCAAAGGAGAUCCAGACAAGCUGACACUGGUUGAUUCCUUUAUGUACCUAUUAAUCCAGGUGCCACGGUUUGAUGUCCAGAUCGAGGCCAUUGUACUUCGUGAAGAGUUCUUCCCCUGCUGUGCUGUGAUGGGCCAUGACAUUGAUGUUGUCCGUAUUGCCACCAAAGAGCUGAUGAGCUGCGAGGAGCUCCAUGCCAUCCUUCAUCUGGUGCUGCAGGCUGGAAACAUCAUGAAUGCGGGUGGCUAUGCAGGAAAUGCUGUGGGAUUUAAGCUGUCAUCUCUCCUCUCAUUGGCUGACACAAAAGCCAACAAGCCGGGGAUGAACCUUCUGCAUUUCGUCGCUAUGGAGGCAAAAAAGAAAGACGAGAAGCUUCUCAAGUUUCCAGAAAAACUUCAGGAUGUGCAGAGCGCUGCCAGAAUUUCAGUGGAAAACAUCGAGCUGGAGUUUUCCUCCUUGUUUGUUCGAAUAAAAUCCCUGGAGGAGAAAGUUCAAGGAGACCAGGAGUUACUGCAGCAGCUGGAUCCCUUUCUGCAGAGCUCAGCACAGACACUUCAGGACUUAAAGAGGCGCAGGCUGGAUCUGCGUAAAGAGGGAAACGCCCUCAUUGAUUUCUUUUGUGAGGACAAGGACACCUUCAAGCUGGAUGAAUGUUUCCGCAUCUUUCAAGACUUCUGCAUGAAAUUUAACAAAGCUGUUAAGGACAACAAGGACCGCGAGAUGAAGGAAGCCGCCAGGCAGCAGCGCCUGAGAGAGCUGGAGGAAAAGCGCUUUGCGUGGUCGGGGGAAGAUCAGAACAGCGUGUUUGGUCGCAGCAGCAGCGAGAGCGACGUUGAAAUGCUCACCAAGGAGGGCCUUCUGGACUUCUUCCAGAAGAGGUCUCAGAGUCCACACAGCCCGCUCGGACGCUCGGCCAGCGCCCGUCGCCACCGCCACACCAUGACCUCCAUAGCCGAUCGUGAGCUCCAGGGAUACCUUGAGCUGUUUGGAGGGGCAGGAAAUCCCACCGACGAUUCCAAGUUUCACAGCUUGCCGCGGCCAGGGCGCCCCCCGCAGAGGAAGACGACGCCGUGGAUCUUCGGCCAGGACAACAGCCGUGAGCUGGGCUGUGACCGACAAGCCACGUCCCCGCAUGCAGAAACGGAACCCAUCAGCCCGCUGGCCAGGUUUUCCUCCUCUGGCCUAAAAGACAACGAGGAUCCGUAUGACAACAAAUACACAUCUGUGUCCGAAGGCAGCGUUCUGCCUCGUUCCUUAUGUGUCUUUCAGAAACCCGCCCAUCUACCCAACCCCCCUCUCACUGGCCAUUUGAAUAUUAGUGUGGAGAAGCAUACUUUAGUACAAGGUCCUCAAGCUUUUGACCUAUCAAACAACAACAGUGAUAAUAUGCACUUUGUCAGGCAGGAGGAAGUUGUUGUGACAGAACUCGAUAAAGAAACACUAUCGCCCUCCAACAGUCUCCCUCACCAGGACAUUUCAGAGGUAAAGGCAGAAUUAAAGGACCUGUGUAAAGGUAAUGGAGAUUCUUCCACACAGGCUGGGCUUUCCUCUGAGAGGGACAAGGAAGAAGACGACUACAGCACAAUUUCCUCAACAACCUGUGGCACCCCGCUGCCACUGGACACGUCUGUGUCCAGUAAGAAGCAGGUGUUUUACAUUCUAGACUGUACAGAAACGGACUGCUCCGUCACUUUGGACUGCUCUGAGGUCGAAAGCUUGUCGCAUGCAAACGAAAGACUUCAUCUCCAAACUGACGGCAGCAAUGCCCUGGACAGCCAGCAAGACCCAAGCUCUCUGUCCUCUAAUUUGGAAUCCAUAUCACCGAACGAGCAGUCCGUCUCCGCCGCUGAGCUGUCAGCCCCCCCGUCUGCGGACGCGGCGUCCAUGACUCCAUCUGCUACCGCAGAAGAGUGGGACACGGAGAGCUGUGACACGGCCGAGGGAAAACAGGGAGCACAGAAAGAUGCACAGAGAGCGAACAAAAAACCGGCGCCACCAAAGAGCGGCAAAGCGGCCAAGGGUGGCAUAGCUCGAGUCGUGCGGACACUGACCAGCAGCGAGAGCCAAGGCAUGCGCAAAGUCGUGCCCAUCAGCAAGGUGACCAGGACCGGCAGCAAGCGCGCCGAGAGGCCCGACAGCGGGGAGAGCAGGCGGCCUCUCCGGGACCAGAGCACGCCCGCCAGAGUCAGGAGCGAGAAGACGCCCAGGCCCCCUCGCCAUUCGAGUUUGCCUCCCGAGGACUCGAAGGUCCAGAGGGGGGGCAGCCUGACGGGCAGGGUCUCUAAGUGGGCGCGCGAUUCGACCCAGAGGAAAGCUUCCUUUAACAAGCCGAGCGCCAAACCCCUAAGGAACAUCCCCAAGUCUGCGCCCGAGGAGAAGAUGUGCCGUUCCACCAUGCGAGCGCUGGCCCAGGCCCAGGCCCAGAGCCCGGCGGCUGCCCCCUCAGAGAACAACAGCUCCACCACGCCCAGCGUGAAAAACUCCUCCGACCUCCCCAACUUUGCUCGAAACACCGUGGCCUCAACCUCCAGGACCAAGAAGGAGCUGGCCCCCCCGUCCGCCCCCACCACCCCGGCCCGCAGCCCCUCCCUCCGCGGCCGACAGACUUCUACCAGGCAGAGCCGGGUGUCCCCGGCAGGCCCCGCCGGCGAGGAGAAGCCGCAGGCCACCACCCUGCGGCGUGUGCAAAGCGUGAAGGCGGCCAGCCGCAGCGCCUACCGCAGCGACACCCCGCCGCCGCCCGCCAGGCGCCAGGACGUCCGCAAGACCAGCAGCUUUUCCGAAAAGUCCCUUCAGCCGCGAGACCUGUUGUUCAGCAGAAUCCCAAAGCCGAGCUGGAAGUGA